AUGUCGAAUCAUCUGCCCCUGUCACCCUCCGUUUAUUUAUCCAACGGUUCCCACUCGUCAACCACCACGUUUUCAGACCACACCGCAGGCGGUUGGCAGUGGCCCAAGUGGAGCUGUGAGCUGGAUGCCUUCUGCGAUUCCGCUAAAAGGGUUAUUCGUGACCUAGGCAGCGUAUUGCAGCCCGAACACCUCGCGCAAUUCGAGCUCGAGUACUUCCUGAGGAGAAGCAGUUCUGAUGCUGGGAUUGGUGGUGUGGUUGACAGCGACAACAACACCAGCAGCAGAAGUUAUCUCUCCGACGUUUCUUCCCUCGACCAUAAUCACGGACCCACCGCACAACUGCUGUUCAUCAAUAACGAAGUCGAAUCGUCCUCGUCGUAUCUCCCGAGACGGGCGUCGCCUAGAUUUUCGGUGCAUACUGACAGCACGGUAUCGCUCGAGGCGGCCGCAUAUUUUACUGAUUCCGAAGGGGAGGAGGAGGAGUCUCCAGAGGGAAGGGGGAGACCCUGGGAUAGGGAUAUGGCUGGCACCAUGCUUGCAGCUUCGUCAAAGGAGAAGAAAAAAUCAAAGUCGGACAAGAAAGAUAAGGAAAGGGAAAGGGAAAAAGAAAAGGAGAAGUCUGUGCGUAAGCAUGAGGACUCCGAACAUGAAGAUCGAGAGCAGAGGAGAGAGGCGCGGAGGAAGCGUAGAGCUGAGAGGGAAGAAAGAAAAGCUAGGGAAGCCCAGGAGGAAGCGGAGCGGGCAGAGCGAAAGCGAGAGAAGCAGGAACGACGGGAGCGGAAAGAGGAGAAGAAAAGUGUUGUGGGGACCAAAGAGAAAACAAUGCCAAAAAUAUCAGUUGAGCAGUUCAUUAGUGGAAUUGGUAGAUCAAAAUCGCUUAUCUCCCGACGACCUAGCGAUGCUCGACCUAGAUUGACUAUCAAAAGGAGCAAGAGUACAGUUCUAAUGCGGUCCCAUGAAAGAUCUCACGACAGAUCCCAUGAACGACCCCAGGAACGGCCUCACGAAAGACUUCCCGAAAGGCCCCACGAAAGACCUCAAGAGAGACCCCAAGAAAAGUCACUUCAUGAAAGACCGAUGGCCAUUGAAGCACCGAAGGAAUCUUCAAAAGAAAAACAUCGCCACCGAGAUCACCAUGAUCACUCGACUCCCGAAGCUCGCGCAAAUUGUAUACGAUGUUUGCGAAAGCGAGAAAAAAAAGAGAAAUUGGAAAAUAUUACAAUUGUACCACCACCAAAGGUUCGUGAAGCAGUUCGGACGGAAACUGUAAAAAAGAGCUCAAGGCGAAGGGUGGAGCCGGAAAGUGAAGACGAAACCAUCAUUGAAGCGAAAGAGAGGGUGAAGGAAGCUGUACAAGCUGCCGCUGCUGGUACUAAAGUGAAGCCUGUGCUGGGUUUUGUUAUCGAGAAAAGGCCAGAAAAGCUUGUUGAGUGCGUUACCUGCCUUUCCGACGAUGUCCCGGUAAGAGAAGCAGCGAAGCUUUCCUGUGGACACUACUGGUGCAAUGAAUGUUUGAAACGGAUAUUUAUACUCUCUUUGACCGAUCCCGCACAUAUGCCCCCCAAGUGCUGCACAGACGAACAUGUUCCCUUGAAGCAUGUUGAUAAACUUCUAAACUAUGAGACAAAGAAGCUUUGGAACAAAAAAUACAUUGAAUACACAUCGUCAAAUCGUAUUUAUUGCCCGAAGCCGAAUUGUGGUGAAUGGAUACAACCGAAGGAGAUACACAACAAUGUCGGGAAAUGCUCUCAGUGCAGAACGAAGGUUUGCGCAAUGUGUAAUGGGAAAGCUCAUGGCGAUGGGGAAUGCCCUAAAGAUGAGGAUUUAAUGAGAUUUAUCGAAAUAGCUAAGAAAAACAAGUUCCAGAGAUGCUAUAGCUGCAGAGCAAUGGUGGAGCUGGAAAGGGGAUGCAAUCAUAUGACUUGUCGCUGCACCGCCGAAUUUUGUUAUGUUUGCGGAGAUAAAUGGAAGACCUGUAAAUGUCCUUGGUUUAAUUACGAGCCUGAUGAUGACGAGGAAUACGUUGUCCCUGUAUGGAACGCCGAAGAGGGUGUAGCUGCAAUUCCCGCCAAUAUUGCUGAACGACGAGAACAAAGAGCCAGGGCUCGUGCUGAACAGCUUCGUCAAGAUGAGGAGCUUGCUAGACAAUUGGCUCAACAAGAAGGGCCACUGUCACCAGGACUUCACGGAGAUGAUGAAUAUUAUCUCCCGAGCCCAAUCCAGAUUGAUCCUCUCGCAGCGUUGGGUACCAUCGGAUCCGGUUUGAGGAACGGGAUUCGGCGGAUCGCCGCUGAUUAUGUCGAGACAGCUACACGCUCAACUCCGCAACCUCGAGGGACUCCGCAGCCUCGUGGAACACCGCAACCAAGGUUGGAAAGGAGGAGAGUCGAGCCAGUUGCUAGAAUCGCGCCUCGUACACGGAGUCGGGAGGAGAUUCGGGAAAACAUAUCCAAUCUUAUUCAGGAGGUUGAGGAGCUUGAAGGGCGCAGUAGGACGCCCCACCGUCCUAGAGUCACUCGCACAGAGACCGCCCCGGAGACUCGGGAGCAGCCUCCCCAGAGAUCCCGGCGGCGGGAAUCCAUCAACCCAAGCCGAUAUUUGAGUGGAGCACAACACGCAAAUAUUGAACAAUACCUUCGUGGAAUUAAUCUGGAGGACCCUGAGCCAGUAGCCCCUGGGCCACCCCUUCCAUCUCCACAUGAAUCCCGGGCUUUCACUCCCGGUAUCCCGGAGCUCCGACGCUCUCGCACCGAGCGAAUUCCAAGACGACGAAGAGAGGAGGACUUUUCUCCAGAGUAUGCAUCUCAUUCUCCCAUCUCGACAAUCGAUCGCGCGAGUAGGAUAGGAACAGAGAGCAGGGUUGGGACAGAGAGUAGAUUAGGGACGGAGAGCAGGCUUGGGACGGAGAUUAGUAGAGUGGGAACAGAGAGCACCAGCGUAGGGACUGAAACUACCUAUGCCGCUCGUAGACCCUCUAUCAGCGGAAAUUUGAUGGACCAUCGCUGGAGACAACAGCACUCGGGAUACCAGAGCCGAAUGCCAGUGGAGACGAAUGUUGGAGGAUGGAGGUGGGGUAGUGAAAAUCGCGAUUACUGA